AACUAGUUCAAGCCAGUAGUGAAAGCCGCCGGGCAGGGCGGCAGUAUAAACUAGUGAUAGCCACUAGUGGUAGUGGCGUCUGGGUCUCUAUAUAUGUACGUCUGCCAUCAUCCCAUCCCUAUCCCCCCGAUCACUCUUUCACUCUACUCCAACCACUCCGCGGAAUCGUACCUUACCCAGCCUUCUUCCUCGUCGCCGGGCUCGCCGCCAGCCAUGUCGGCGGCGUUCAAGGCGUUCCUGAAUAGCCCAGUGGGCCCCAAGACGACCCACUUCUGGGGACCCGUCUCCAACUGGGGCAUCAUCCUCGCGGUACGUGCUCCUGUCGACUCCAUCGGGAGCGUGGCAGACACGAAAAAGCCUCCUGAGAUGAUAUCCGGCAACAUGACAGGAGUGUUGUGCGUGUACUCUGCGCUCUUCGUCAGGUUCGCGUGGAUGGUGCGACCUCGGAACUAUUUCCUCAUGGUAACCCACAGCUGCAACGAGUGCGUUCAGCUCUACCAGCUGUCGCGCUGGGCUAGGGCGCAGGGGUUCUUUGAGAAGAAAGAAGAGGAGAGGCCCAAGAGCGAAGAUUGACCGACGGCCCGGCCCUAAACCAUACAAUACUACAAUGUGCUCGGUUGUACCACAAAGGCAAUAUUUGAUGCAUGUAUUGUAACGUGAAAAAAAGCCUCGGUUAUACAUGUUGUAGGUUCAUCUGCGGAUAUUGAACUAUGAAUUUCCGAGCAUAAAGCAUCAAUUUCCACUGC